AUGGAUAAGAAGUUGGUGGAUAACCAUGGACGGGAUAUAGAAGGCUUAUUCAAGGAUAGAUGGGAAGUCUUUCGCAAGUUGUGGAAUUGCUUAAACUCAAAGGAAAGUAUGCUAAGGUUGAAUUCUAGGCAACUUUGGUUGAAGGAUGGAGAGAAAAACACUCGUUUUUUUUUUCUUCUUCAUAAUUCUUUAUUAGAAGGUCGCAAUGGUAGGGUGGAAGGCAUGGAAGAGAUAAAGGAGGAGGUCAAGAGUCACUUUGAAAUGUUUUUUAAAGAAGAAGACUUUGGUAGAGCUAUGCCGGAAGGCUUAGUCUUUAAUACUUUGAGUGAUUUUGAUAUAGGGUGGAUCGAAAGACCGUUUACGGAGGAGGUGAAGCUAGCGAUAUGGUCGUGUAAUGGUAAUAAAAGUGUCGGGCCGGAUGGUUACUCGUUUCAAUUAUUUCAACAAAAUUGGGAGGUUGUCAAGGAGGAUGUUUUGAGAUUUAUCUCGGAUUUCUAUGAUAGGGGAAAGUUGGUGUCGAAGAAUCAAACGACUUUUGUCCCGGGUAGAAGUAUUACGGAUGGUGUGCUUGUAGUUAAUGAAGUGUUGGACUUUGCAAAAAGAACCAAAAGAAGUUGUGUCAUUUUGAAGGUGGACUUUGAAAAAGCCUAUGAUAGCAUUAGUUGGAAAUUUUUGAGAUUUGUUUUAACUAAGAUGGGAUUCGAUGUUCUCACGGGUCUUAUGAAAAAGGCAAUCGAGAUAGGUGAUUUUAAGGGGAUCAAGAUCAAUGAAGAUGUGGAAGUGAACAUGCUCCAAUUUGCGGAUGACACAAUUAUAAUAGGGGAGGGUGAUACCGCGAAUCUUUGGAGUGUGAAAUAUAUUCUAAGAGGUUAUGAAAUGAUGUUCGUAUUAAAAUUUAACUUCCAUAAGAGCAAGCUUUACGGAGUUAAUGGCGGGGAUUGGUUCUUAAAAGCGACCUCUUCUUUCCUCUCUUGCAAAGUUGAAAGUCUCCCCUUCAAAUUUCUUGGUGUUAAGGUGGGUUCUAGUCCGAGGAAUGUUUCCAUGUGGAGGGAUUUAAUAACCCUUUUGAAAAGGAGGUUGGCAGUAUGGAAAGAUAAUAGUGUUGUGAACAAUAGUGGUUCUAUUUGGUGGAGAGAUUUAUUGUUGUCGGAUAACUAUAUUCUUCUGUCGGAGAAUAAUUUUGCAGGGGCUGUCAAUUGUCGUGUGGGAAACGGUAUGAACAUAGCAUUUUGGUUUGCUAGAUGGGCUGGAAGUCAUACGAUGAUGGAGACCAAUAUGGUGUUAUUUUCUAGAGUUGCUGCUGAUUCUGUGGCUGUAGCGGACGCAGGGUUGUGCACGAAUGCUGGCUGGGAGUGGCAGCUCUGCAAUCUUCUCCAUGACAGCAAUGAUCUUUCACCACUGUUGCUACGGAAUUUCACAGCAGCGGUGCAGCAGGUGGUUUUGCGGGAAAACAUGCUUAAUAAUGUUUUGGUGGAUGAUGGCAAUAGUUUUGUUGCCAUUCUGCAUACGGAAGAAGAAUUACUGUGGAGCAUAUGUGAUGGAAGUCAUAUUAAGGCGAUGAAUGAACCUUGGCUUCGAGGGAAGGAAGUUGGAUAUUUAGAAGGCCCUCAAAGGCAAGGUGCGUAUAAUAUUACUGUUAAAGAUCUCAUGCUGCCUAAUGUUAAAAAGUGGGAUGUGCACCUUAUUAGUGAUCUCUUUUAUCAUACAAUUACAAAAAGUAUCCUUCAGGUGCCUUUGAUCGAGGAAGUGAAAGAAGAUCGUUUGAUUUGGAAGGCUGAGCAGAUUGGGAUGUAUAGUGUGCGGUCUGGAUAUAGAAUUUGGAGGGAAGCCCAGAUUAAACAUUUACCGGGAGGGGUUGUAGAGGACUGGAGUAGUAUUUGGAACAUCAGAGCACCACCUCGGGUUAAGCAUCUUUUAUGGAGGAUCUGCAGAGGCUGUUUACCGACUAGACUAAGACUCCAACAAUUUCAUGUUCAGUGUCCGUUAGGGUGCCAGUUUUGUGAAGAUCGUAUUGAAAAUGAUUGGCAUGUGUUGUUUGGUUGUAAUGCUACAAAACAAUGUUGGCAGGCAGCAGGUUUGUCUUCAGUGAAUAUUUAG